GCCUGUUUUUGUACUGUUUCUUUUCUUCUUAAUUCAUCAAUUCUUAGUAUUUAAAAAUAGUUUUUUUUAGAGAAAGAUGGCUUCCUCCGUGUUUCUGCUCUUCCCUAUGCUCGUCAAUUGGGGUUUGUUCGGUUCUGUUUCGAGUUCCCCCGCCGUGGAGGAGGCGUACGCUGCCGUGGUGGGCAUCGUGUCUCCAGGAGAGCAGUAUCUGACCCGGCAGUCGCUUCGCACCCUAUUUAAUACACUAGAGAAACGUGUGCAGUGCGGUGAAGUGUCGUGUGGAAAGUGUAAUCUAACAGAUGCUGUUCACCAGCUAAUCAGCAAUCACUCCAUCCAUGGGGAGACUGAAACCGGAAAAGAAAGGGAGAACUUUACCAUCAGUGUGUCUGAGUUCACCGCUGUCGCUGCCGGCUCCGUCCUCUACCUUGCCUCCCCUGACCUGGUGUGUACCGCGGUGAGGCAGGGGAGGUGGGGAGAGGAGACCGAACAUUUCCUACACAAAAUCACACAUGGGGAACACCAUAAAGAGAGCGACUCGCACCACAACCAUGAGCACAUAGAUAUUCAUGGAAUAGAAACUGUGCUUCAGGAGCUGCACAGCCACUAUGAGCCUGCGGACAGUGAGAGCUGUGUAAAAGCCAAUGACAUUAUGACGGAGGUUGGCACACCCUCAGCAGACCAGAGGCAACCAGUGGGGGCAGUUUGGGGUCGCGUCCUGUAUCAUGCCUUGCUAGGUCACUGUUUCAGCCUGUCCCUGCCCAAUGAGAGCUUCUUCCUGGACUACAUCAUUGACCGACUGGGGUCUGAGAAUUUCACUGUUGAAGACCUGACAGUUCUUAUGAGGAGUCUAAAUCUCGGACCCAACAUGCACGAUCAUGAGCAUCACCAUAAUGACGAACAUGCUGAUCAUGAUCACAGCAUUGGAAGACGUAGGAAGAGGAGCAGCCAUGAACGCCAUGAAGGGCAUGAGACCAAUACCACCUGGGAUCAGAGGUGUUUCUCAGCUGAAGAGCUGGUGCUGAUCUACAGUCUGGCAGAGAACGGAUCUGCCUCCUCUGGCUUUGAUCGGUCUGACUUGGCUCAGCUCAGCCCGGCGCUUGUCCAGCAGAUCCUUAGUGGAGCCUGUACAAACAUCAUAGAGCCAUUGACACCAGAUGAGCUCACUACGACUGAGAGAUACCUCUAUGCAACACUUGCCAAUGUGGUGAUAACACUGGCCUCCAUGUUUGGCAUUGUGGUGCUGCUCUGUACCUCGUGCACCAAUGUAUUCCAGCUGUGUAUCCAGUUUUGCAUCAGCCUGGCUGUUGGCACACUCACUGGAGAUGCCUUACUGCACCUGCUACCAAUGUUUCUAGGCUUACAUGUUCACUCAGACGGCAGCAGCAGACAUUCAGAUCACGGCCAUGAGGAAGGAACGCCAGACUACAUAUACAAGAUGCUGGUAUUGAUGGCUGGGAUCUACUACUUUUACCUGAUGGAAACAAUCUUCUCUCUUGUCACACAAAAAGAGAAUCUUCACCAUCAUCAACAUCACCAUGGGGAAGAUUCAGACCCUCAACACUGUGACCAUGGAAGGGUUUUAGAGAUGUAUCAUCAGGAAAGAAAACAAAAAGACAAAUCACAGUCAGCAUCAAAAGCAGACCUGGUUGGCUGUGAAAACAAUGAAAAUCCAAAAGAGCGCACCAGAGAACAGCGUCUGCUGCCUUAUAUGAUAACUAUUGGUGAUGGGAUCCAUAACUUUGCUGACGGUUUAGCAAUGGGUGCAGCUUUCUCUCUGUCAUGGAAGUCUGGUUUGGCCACAACACUGGCUGUACUCUGCCACGAACUGCCACAUGAACUGGGCGACUUUGCCAUUUUGCUCCACAGUGGCGUGUCUGUCCGCAAGGCUCUGCUGUUAAACGUUGGCAGUGCCAUGACCUCCUUCAUCGGCCUGUAUAUCGCUCUGUCUAUAGCCACGGACCUCGCUGCCAAACAGUGGAUAGCUGCCAUUACUGCAGGACUCUUUCUGUAUGUGGGACUGGCUGAUAUGCUUCCCACCAUGGUUCAUAUAAAUUACAAGAGAUCCUGGAUGAUGUUUCUGUUACAGAAUGUCGGCCUUCUGAGUGGAUGGUCUAUUCUGUUGUUGCUGUCACUUUAUGAAGAGAGAAUCAGCUUUUAA